AGUCUUUCUCGUCCGGCAUUCCGUUAUGCUCUCUUGCAGUGGUUCCGGAAAGAUGGAGCCUGUUCAGAACCUGGCGGACAGUUUGCGUGCGGUGCUAGGGAGACUGCGAGAUGGAGAGUCUAGAGAGAAAACCAACUUCAAUGCACCAAACUUCUGGGAAACACUCGGUCAGACCUUUAAAGUCAUUUCUCAGGAAGCUACUAAGAUGAGUUUGGCUUUCUCCAAGCCCCCGAUGCCGUCACACGAGGACAAUCAGAAGUUAAGUGAUGGGCUUCUCAACUCUGUUCUGGCAGCUGCUACUGUCUAUUAUUCACUUCCCAAGGUGCAAGGUAUCACCCUACGUAAGACUGUGCGAGAGGCUGUGGCGGAUGUCAUAGAGGGCACCAUUCAGUUGGUGGACGUCAUCCUGAAUUCACGCAUACAGAGUCUGUCACAGGCACAGUUGGUCUCUACAGGCAGUGUCUGGGAAGCUUGUGACCAGUUUGAACAGCUUCCAAAAGAUAAUAAAGCUGCGGUGGUGGUGCAGGUGUCGAGAUAUCUGGCUGUUGUGAAGGAUGCCAUAGAGGAAGUGGAGCAGGCUGCAGCAGGUGAAGAUGAUCCUUUCAAUGACAUCUUAGAUGACGAUGAAACAGGAGGUCGCUGCAAUCAAGACACUUAUUGGUCAGAGGCAGAUCGUAAGCUCCUGGGACCCUGUCUUGGCCUGAUGAAGGCCUCAAAAGCCUGUCUGAAGAAGGUUCUGGGGGCUUUGAAGGCUCAAGGGAAAGUGGACACGGAUGAACACGUGGCUCAAUUGGAUGACUUGGCAGAUGUUACACAGGAGAUCAGCCCAAGUGUUGACGAACUAGCCUUGAGUUUGUACCCUCCGAUGAACCAUGCAGCUGUACGUCUAAAUGGAGCGCAGUUAGCCUCUGUUCUGAAGAAAGUGCUUGAAAUUGCAAGAGCCAGCCAUGUGUGCACUGAAGAGGAAUCCUCCUGGAUCCAGUUCCUCAGCGGGGCUGUUGACCACAACAUGGAAAAAAUAAAGAAUUUCACCCAGCAUGUCGUAUGAGCAUACCAUUCGGUUUGAUGAGCACUCUUAUCGGGAUGUAAAGGCAUCUUCUUCAAUCUUCUCUGUUGGAGAAUCCCAGAUUUUGUGCGACUUGUGCUUUCCGCAGGGACAGUGAAUUGUUUGGCUUGUUUUGGAUUGAUACUGGGACCACGAGAAGACUAAAUUCUUACAGACAUUUGUUAACUUAUACUUUAUAGUUAUUGUUUAAUUCCUUCAUCACAUGGUCUCUUUUGGAGAUGUUUGAUAUUUAAGCUACAUUUCUGAAUGUGUUUAUGAGCAAGGCCAUUGCAGGUCUUCCAAAUCUUACUUUCUCUGUUCUUCUGCCAUUGUGACCAUGCAUGACCACAAAUGAGUUAUAUGGAUACUUGAAACACCCAAAGAAAAACAAUUUGCAUGCUGUGUUCAGACAAUGUCUUUGUAAAAUAAGAAUACUAUUUUUUAACCUUAUCAAAUAUAUUUUUGUUUUUGAAGGACUUCUCAGUUAAGGUAUAUUAAAAGCCGGCUUGGUGUUUGCAUUGGA